AGUCGCUCCACCAGCCAACAACGUGCAGGUUCCAGUUUGGGAGGUUGAUAUUUCACCAACAAUGGAGAAGUUCCUCCAACAAGUGGCAAGAGAGAAGCCAGUUAGAUUCACAGAUCAGCAACUAUGCAAUUUCACAAAAGAUUAUUCCACAAUAUUGGGUGCCGGAGGCUUCGGGGUAGUGUACAAAGGACAGUUUCCUAAUGGGGUGGAGAUUGCAGUGAAGGUCCUGAAUAGAAGUCAAGCCAGAUCAACGGCCGAGGAUCAAUUCAUGGCAGAAGUGGGAACAAUUAGUAGAACAUGCCACAUAAAUUUGGUCAGACUUUAUGGCUUUUGCCAUGACCAAUUCAUGAGCGCCCUUGUCUUUGAGUGCAUGGACAAUGGGUCAUUAGACAAGUACUUGUUUGGUUCUAAACAAGAAAUUGAAUGGGAAAAAUUGCAUGAAAUUGCAGUUGGGACAGCCAAAGGUAUUGCUUACUUGCACGAGGAAUGCCAACAAAGAAUCGUUCAUUAUGAUAUCAAGCCCGGAAAUAUUCUUGUCGAUACAAACUUCUCCCCUAAAGUUGCAGAUUUUGGGCUUGCAAAGCCUUGUAGCAGGGAUGAAACCCAUGUUAGUGUCUCGGGGUAUCGGGGGACUCCAGGAUACUCGGCACCGGAGUUUAUGUUGAAGAAUCAUCCAAUAACACAUAAAUGUGAUGUUUAUAGCUUUGGGAUGGUAUUGUUUGAGAUAGUUGGGAGGAGGAGGAACACUGGUACUGCUAGUCCUGAUCAUAGCCUAGAUUGGUUCCCAAAACAAGUUUGGGAAGAGCAUGAGAAAAAUGAGUUAGAAGCAAUGACUGUGGCUUGUGGAAUUGGAGAGAAGGAUAGGGAGAAAGCAAUAAGAAUGGCUAUGGUUGCUUUGUGGUGUGUUCAAGACUCGCCAGAGGCUCGGCCGCCGAUGAGUGUGGUGGUGAAGAUGUUGGAGGGAGGAGUGGAGAUCAUGCAGCCUCCAAAACCAUUUCAUUAUUUGUAUUCAGUAGCGAUUAAGCCACUUCCAGAAACUAGUACUGCUGGUUUGGAUCAUGACUCAACAACAAGAAUUACCGGAUCAGGAAGUAAUUCUUAUCGGUACAAGGAUUCUAUCGGCCCACUCAUAACCAAAUAUGAAAUACAGAUAGCUAGUUCUUAAAUAGAAAAAUCUCCGGUU